AUGCAGUGCCAGGCCGAGCUGAGGCUCUCCUCCCCCGGGCAGCUCAAGGCUGCCAGGCGGCGCUACAAGACCUUCAUGAUCGACGAGAUCCUCUCCAAGGAGACUUGUGAUUAUUUUGAGAAACUUUCUCUCUACUCGGUGUGUCCUUCGCUCAUUGUCCGGCCCAAGCCUCUCCACUCAUGCUCGGGCUCCUCGUCGCUCCGGGCCUACCCUCUGCUGUCGGUGAUCACGCGGCAGCCUCCUAACCUGGCCCUCCACCUGCCCCAGCCCUCCUCCCCGGGCGGUGUCCACCUGCAGCACCCGCGAGGCUCCGAGCCGUCGCCCAGCCAGACGCCGCUCAGCAUCAGCAGCGAGUCGGAGACGGAGCGCAGCACGCCGCGCCUGAAGAAGCCGCGCCGCAGCCGCACCAUCUUCACCGAGCUGCAGCUGAUGGGCCUGGAGAAGAAGUUCCAGAAGCAGAAGUACCUGUCCACACCUGACAGGUUAGACCUGGCCCAGUCUCUGGGACUCACUCAGCUCCAGGUGAAGACGUGGUACCAGAACAGACGCAUGAAGUGGAAGAAAAUGGUGCUGAAAGGAGGUCAUGAAGCCCCGACGAAGCCCAAAGGAAGACCCAAGAAGAACUCCAUCCCCACCACGGAGGAGAUAGAGGCUGAGGAGAGGAGGAUGAAGGAGGAGGAGGAGGACAGGAUGAGGAGGGCCAGCAAAGAGGCGGGGCUGGCUCGAGGAGGAGGAGGAGGAGGAGGAGGAGGAGGAGGAGGAGGAGGAGGAGGAGGAGGAGAGGUGUCUCAGAUGGAACCUCAAGACCUCAGAUCAGAACCUCAGAGUCAGGCAGCGAUGGACGACUCCGAGAGAGAAGCAGAACUGCUGAUCCACCCAGAGACUCACUCAGACAGCUAGAGCAGAACUAACACACUGGAAACAGGUUAAAACCAGAUAA